AUGUUUGCCACGUGCAGACCGGCGGUGCCGCUCCUCUCGGGGACAGUGAUACUUUGCGUGGUCGCGUUGGUUUCGUCGCUAGAUGAUACGUACAACAUCGAGCUUAAACAGAAGGAUUCCGAGCUGUACCAUGAGCAGAGCUUUGGAAAAAAUGAGUUCAGCUACGGCUACCAGGUGGAGAAAGUAAACAGCCAGUUUCAGCAUAAAAUGAAAGGUCCCGAUGACGUCACGUACGGUUGUUAUGGUUGGUUGGAUCCAAUGGGUGAGAAACAUCUGGUGUACUACAUCGCCGAUCGACUGGGCUACCGAUUGCUGGCACCGGAUCAACCAACAAAAGUGUUCACCGAUCGAGUGGCCAACAGUGUGAGUAAACUCGAUGCAGACCUGCAGGGCCGUAAGUUGGAUGAGAAAGUGGUCGCCUGGAACGAUCUCUACCUUCCGUCGACCUGUCGACGAUUGGAUGAGAUCGUCAGUAUUACCCCACCACCGACGCAAGCACCACAGAAAACAACGAGCACCACUGGUGGAGUCAUUAAUCGGCCAAGUAUCACCGUACGACCGACCGUGAACGGGAAUGGUAUCGAUUCUUUCGGAGGAACUCAAAACAAUGGUAAUCCGGACUCACCGCACAACACUAACGCUAAUGCUGUAUCGAAUUCUGGAGCAAAUAGCAAUCCUAAUCUGGAAUGGGGACCAGCAGCUGUUGAGAUUGGCAAACUGGACCAUUCUGCUGGUGGAUCCAUCAUCAAUGUAGACAUUAAUGGGGAAUCUAACGGUGACGGGACAUCGGAUGGAAAUGAUCGUGGUUCUGGAGACACCAAAACAACGGAUGAUCCCAGAGUGGCCCAAGCAACGACACCUCAGCCAAAGAUAGUGGAGAACACACCGCCAGCUCUGCUGAUCGAUCCAGUGGAUCCUCAGGACGGUUUCCCCUCUGCCACAACGUAUCGUCCACCGUUUGAACAGACCACCACCACCAGCGUACCUGAUCCCCGGCCGUCAUCGAACUGCGGUACAGCGAACGGACCAUUUUCCUCUCACCAACCCAAGUUCCCCAACACCGUCGGUCAAUUCAAUGGAUUCGUCUUCCCAAUCAAUCGCAACUGCGAUGCCAGCGGGCGCACGACGGAAGAUCUGCUCGCCCAGAUGCAAGCGAUCAACCAGAUGGUGCUGCGCGUUAGCGAAACCCUUCACCGGCUGAUCGAUGGUGAUGAUCAGCAGCGCAACGGGACGCACCCGAACGUGAGCGACACCUGUCAGCAGGUUCUACAGCUGCUCAACAUCCAGCAGCCGGUUCCGCUGCUCGUCUACGUGCCCAUCAUGCUGCCUUACCUUGAAGGUGGCAUUCACGGUGUGGCAGCAGCCGCCGCAGCCACCGCCGAACAAAAGCCCGCAAUUAACCCCGCGAGCUACGCGUACGCCAAGUCCUGUAGUGCGUGCAAAUAA